AUGGGCGAACGGACACGUCAGACGCGUUGCAAUUUCGCAAUUAAAACCGGCGAUGGAAUUAUGGAAAUGGAUAAGCAGUUUGCUGACUCAGCAGCACAGCAGCACCCGACAGUGCCACCGGAUAAGCACUUGUACUCUAUUUUCUGUUUUUAAGUUUUAAGUCCAUAAACUUAACCAUGGUUAAAUCUUUACUCUCUCGUUUAUAUAUAGUCAACCCACCUCCCCGCCGCUCUCCCAUCAUAACUUUUUAACACACUGUAUAAUGCUCUCUGCAUCUUCUCCUUCAUUUCUCCGGCCAUCUCCUCGCUUCACCGGCAGAGCUUUUUCUCCGGCGCCGCCGCGUGUCAGCUACCGUCAGCCCUGUGUUUCCGCCGUUUACACCUCCACUGAAAGAGCGAGGCCCUCUUACCUGAGCCUCGCCGAAACGGCGUCGUGCGCCUCUCUUUAUGAGAUCCUUGGCAUCCGUAUGGGCGCCACCAGUCAAGAGAUCAAGUCGGCGUACCGGAAAUUGGCUAGAGUUUGUCAUCCUGAUGUUGCUGCGAUCAGCCGGAAGGAUUCGUCAGCCGAUGAGUUCAUGAGGAUCCACGCAGCUUACUCGACUCUCUCUGAUCCUGAGAAACGCGCCGAUUAUGACAGGUCGCUUUUUAUGCGGCAACAGCCGAUCGAAUCUUACGCCGGCAUUUCUUCUCCGACGAUGUCCGGAUUUUCCGGCUAUACUCGCCGAAAUUGGGAAACGGAUCAGUGCUGGUAGGGAAUUGAUUUAGUCACUAAUCAAGAUUAUGUGAGUGAUUGCUAGAGAUUGAAGCUCAGAAAAUUGCUUGCUUGUACAUAAUUUGGUGUCCAUACAAAAUGAAGAAGCCUAAUACACAGGAAGCGCUAACGCCAAGCUUCCCAGUUGAAAUCAAAGCCGAUUAUUUAGUUCAUGGCUUGAUAAGGACUCAUAGGGCUGUAAUGAUUUUUCCCACGGUGCUUAUGAACGUGUAACACGCCCAGUUUCGAGAUGAACCACUGUAAUAUAAUAUUACUUCUUAAUAACAGUUUACAUAAAAAGAGAAUUUUAUUCCUAUUA